GAGCGCGCUUCGCUUCCUUCCUCUUUGCUCUCUGAGGCGUCGGCGUCGGCGUCGGCAGACGAGGCCUGUCUCCUUCCCACUGGCACACCCGCCAUGACCGCUCCCGAGAAGCCCGUGAAGCAGGAGGAAAUGGCUGCCUUGGACGUGGACAGCAGCAGCAGCAGCGGAGGAGGAGGAGGAGGAGGAGGGGGCGCCCAGGGGGAGUAUCUGCAGCACGGAAACAACGGCAGCAACGCCAGCGCCGCUCCGGCGCCCCCCGAGGCCUCCGACGAGCCCGGGACCCCGCAGGUAAGCAAGGCGCCUGGCCAGCCUCCCUUCUCGCCCUCCCCCCUCUGGAGCAGCGCACACAAGGCCCGCGGCCUAGGCUCCUCCAGCAGUACCAGCGCCAGCGCCAGCGCCGCCGCCAUGCUGGGCCCGA